CGAUGGGCUGAAGCAACAAGUCGCCUUACGUCUUGUUCCACAUCCUCUAGAAAUAAUGGCAAAAGAAAGCUUCUAAAAUACCCACUUACCACGAGUAAGGGCAAAAUGGAUGUCUCAAGAAUGGUUUGGAUGGAGCACUUGAAUAUCGAUCCUUCUUAUUGAAAACUAACAAACCCAGAUCACAACCAAGUCCUCCUCUCACUUCAGACAAAGCAACCUCGGACAAGGUUGUUUAUCAAAAAAACAUUUGUGCUCAGAUUCCAUUGUAGACAAGAUGACAUAUAGUCAAGUAUUAGAGAGACUGUAUGUGCACAUCAUGAGAGGAAAUGACCAAGGGAAAAGACGUUGGAUGCACAGCUACAGUUUGGGUUUCUUUCCCCCUUGCUCCCCCGUCGUCCGAGGAAUGUGGACACGCUCGCGCUCUCGACACUUCAAUCCAAGACCAAAGAACAAGGGGGAAAAUCGAGGCCAGCACUGAUUUUAUAAUGAGAACUUGGAGAUCUAAGGACUCAAGAAGCGCACUCAGCACAAGAAUUCAGUACCUCUAGCGUGAGUCUAUGCUGAACUAUUGACCAUUGUCAUAUUUUACGGUCGAUUCGAACUCGAGCAAAUCUAACAUGACGGACGUUCACGAAUUCAGAGUUUUUGGAAAAGCCAUGAUUGAUUAUGUGGCAGAUUACUUGGAGACCAUCCGUGAUCGACCUGUGAUGCCCCAAGUCACCCCUGGUUAUCUGAAGGAACUCAUUCCCGAAGAAGCUCCUGAUACUCCAGAGCAUUGGAAGGACAUCAUGAAGGAUGUAGAGCGAGUGAUCAUGCCCGGAGUAACUCAUUGGCAUUCGCCCCAAUUUCACGCCUACUUUCCAACAGCAAACAGCUACCCUGCAAUUGUGGCUGAUAUCUUAUCCGAUGCCAUCGGGUGCAUCGGAUUCUCCUGGAUUGCUAGUCCUGCUUGCACGGAAUUGGAAAUGGUCAUGAUGAAUUGGUUAGGCAAAAUGUUGAACUUGCCUGAACAAUUUCUAUUUCGACCUGGCGGAAAAGGGGGCGGGGUGAUUCAAGGCACGGCUAGUGAAGCUACUCUAGUGGCCGUGCUUGCUGCUAGAUCGAAAGCCACCCGCAAACAUGGAACGGAAGCCACAACGAAAUUAGUUGCUUAUACCUCAAAACUGGCGCAUUCCUCGGCUGAAAGAGCUGGCUCGUUAGCUGGAGUUAUGGUCCGGUGUUUGGACGUGGACGAAGAUCAAAGUCUCCGAGGAGAGACCCUUAGGAGAGCCAUCGACGAAGAUAAGGCCAAGGGCCUCAUUCCGUUUGUUGCCGUCGCUACUCUCGGCACCACCUCUUGUUGCUCUUAUGACAAUCUUUUGGAACUGGGCCCGAUUUGCAACGAAGAAGAUAUUUGGCUUCAUGUGGACGCCGCAUAUGCGGGCAGCGCCUUCAUUUGUCCGGAAUAUCGACCCAUCUUGAACGGGGUGGAGUUUGCCCAGUCCUUCAAUUUCAACCCGCACAAAUGGAUGCUGGUGAACUUCGAUUGCUCUACCAUGUGGGUACAAGAUGCAGAUUCGAUUGUGAGCUCAUUCAACGUAGAUCCUCUCUAUCUUCAACACAAAUUUCAAGGCCAAAUCCCAGAUUACCGCCAUUGGCAUAUUCCGUUGGGCCGUCGAUUCCGGUCUCUUAAGAUUUGGUUCGUUUUGAGAUUGUACGGACAGGAAGGUAUCAGGAGUUACAUUCGGACGCAUAUCAAGUUAGCGCACGAGUUUGAAGCGCAGAUCGAACAAGACGAGAGAUUCGAGAUAUUUAACCCAACAACGAUGGGUUUGGUGUGCUUUCGGUUGAAGGGCUCAAAUGAGCUCAACGAAGCAUUGAACAAAAGCAUCAACGAUGAAGGCAGAAUUCACAUCACUCCUUCCAAAGUUGGUGAAACAUUUAUUCUUCGGUUUGCUGUUUGCGCAAGAACCACUGAACCUAAAGACAUUGACUUUGCAUACAGGGUUUUAGUGGAAAAUGCACUCAAAAUUGACCGGUAGACAUGAACUUAACUUUAACGGCAAUUUGUGACUUAAGGCAUCAGACUAAUAAAUUGAUGAAAGCUAAA